AUAUAUAUAUAUAUAUAUAUAUCCCACAGCUCAUUUUUCCUCCCACUAUUUUUUUUAGUUGUUUUUCUUUUUUCCGAUAUUAGUUUCAACCUUGUAACUCUCUUGUAUUAUCUUAUUGUUCUAUAUUCUAUCUGCCAUGUCUACCGAUCUUGAAUUAUGCCAAGAGUUGCCGAAAGUCAGUCUUCAAUCUAUAAGGGUCCGAACCCAAAAGGGUUCGGAAUCCGCUGACACCAACGGAAGCGUAAUUCCGAAGCAAGAUUUUAAAGGUCAGGGGGACGACGGCCAGGAUUCUGAUCAGUGUCCGCGGACACCGACUUCUAAAGAACAUAGGAUUCCCGAAUUGCUUACGUGUCCGCCGGCGCCGAGGAAGCCCAAGACGAGGGCGGUCCAAUGCAAGAGGAAACUCACUGAGCUCAAAUUCUUCGAGAUCGUGAAACGCGAUGAAGUGGAGUCGUUUUUCAGAUCGAGCUUUGAGGUUUCUGGUAUUAAUGGUUCUUCGGCCAAAAGGUCUUGCUGCUCUUGUAAAUGAAAUGAAACGGUGUCGUUUUCAUCUCGAAAAUCACACGGAUUAUUUAGUUCUUUCCUUUUUAUUUUUAUUUUUAUUUUUAUAAUAUAUAUAUAUAUAUUCUUCUUCUUCUUCUUCUUUUUGUUCCACUGUUAUUUGAUUUUUGAGUUUUCUAUAAAUAUUUUUAUAAUGGUGAUAAUUUGUAAGGCAUGAAAAACGUACCUGAAUUAUGUUGUUCAUACAAGGUUGUAUUAUUAGUAUUUACACAGCGCAUUGAAAAGAUUGGAUUAAUAUUCCGUUUUCGAUAUUUGUAUAGCGAUCCAUUUGAGUUCUUAUUUUCUCUUUUAUUCUUCUUUUCAGACAAAUUUUGGAUCUGAAUUAUGAAUCAAAGUUUAUCAAGAUUUGGAUCUUUA